AUGCAGAAAAGUCAGAGCGAAGGCAGCUUGGCAUUCCUGAAGGAUUCCAAGGUUGGCUCAGCUGCUGGCUUUAUGCUGGUCAGUGGGGGUAUCAUGGCGCUUCCGCAUGGGAAGAAGAGCAAGGGUUUGGUGGAUUUCUCGAAACGCUUCAGCGCAGUGUCUGAGUAUCAGGAUUGCUUCAGAGAGAUCCCACACUGCUAUGCAUCAAUGGACAGGAAACCUUUGAUCCCCUAUCAUCCCAACGCGCCGCGUUCCCGCUUGGCCCUUGAAGAUGCACCUGUCCCACUCAAGAAUGCCUCAACCAUCCAAUUCCUGGACAGAUUCUGUGUUCACAAUCGACGUUUUGUGUCUACGCACAAGAACUACUACACUGGAGAGAAGCCAGACAUGAGAAGCAAUCCUGGAAUGAUCGCAGACAGCACAAGGCUGAAACGAAUGCUGAUGGAGAAGUGA